AUGUCUUAUGAUCGUAGUACAUUAUUAAAAGAUGCUACAGAAUACAGAAGUACUGUGGGUGCAUUACAAUACUUGACGUUUACUCGUCCAAAUCUGGCUUAUGCUGUGAAUAAAGCGUGCCAAUUUAUGCAUGUCCCUACUGAAUUUCAUUGGACAUUAGUUAAGCGUAUGUUACGCUAUCUCAAGCAUACAUCUACAUAUGGAAUUACUCUCAAUCCAGCAGAUAACUUGCAGUUGUCAUUCACAGCUUACACUGACUCCGACUGGGCAGGUUCAUUUGAUGAUCGUCGCUCUAACAGUGGCUAUUGCGUUUAUUUAUGUGGUAAUAUUGUUUCUUGGAGUGCUCGUAAAUAA